AGAGAAUCCAGGUGAAAAAUAACAGGGGAGUUGUAGAGAGUUUCAGUAGAUAGGGAGGAAAUAGGGAACAUAUGGGGGAGAGAGCUGAGGACAGGGAAAUGAAACAGAGACGGGCAGAGAAACGAGGGGAACAGACAGUGGGAGGGAAAGUGAUUGGAGAGGGGGAAAGAAGAAAAUAGAUCAAGGGAGGAAACGAGUGGACAGAAGGGGAGGGAGCAACCAAGAGGCUGAGUCCUGUGCCCCCACCCUGGAUACCAGCAGCAGCAGCAGCAACAACAACAACAACAGCAGAGGUGCUAGCUCACUCAGCACAGGGCCCUAACCCUGAGUGACUGUGGCUCCUUGAGCACUGUAGGGUUUGUAGUAUCUGCAUGUUCCAAUCAGAAACUGGAACGGGCUUAUGCUGAAGAGGUUUUUGUCUCCUGGUUGUUAACCUAGACGGGCAGUGCCCUGGACAAUACAGAGAGUACAGAUCAAGUGUUGGGCUCUCCUGUCAGUGGGCUUGACCAGAUCUUAAAGCAACCAUUUCAACUUGAUCUCCAACCCAGCAUCAGCUCCUUCCUUUGGCACCAACCGGAACUGCUCAAUGAGAAAAAGGGCAACAUCAGCUGAACAGUAAAACUCCCAUCAGUCCAAACACAACAGCUUCAGACACGAGGUGUUGCUGUGUAAAAUGUGUGCUUAACCGUCUGCAGUGAGAUUCCUCCCUUUUCCCCCUUAACCAUCCCCGGGUGUCCCGACGCCAGCGGAGAAGGCCAGUCUGAAGGAGUCAUGCUUUCGGCUCUUGUGGGUGAUGGGGUGAGCAGGGGCCAACAACUCCCGAUGCCUGAAGCUGCCUCCCUUCUGCUGGCCCAGGAGCUCUGCAUCGGACUUCGGAAUCGGAGAGUGACCAGGAUGUCGGCCCAGACCAUGCCCCGGUCCCGGCAGCUGCCCGCCUCCCCCCUUCUCCUCCCGGAGCUCCAGGGCCGCAGAGCGACAAGGACGUCCUCCCAGGGCAGGCCCCCCCACGAGCCGGGGCAGCACGUCCGAACCCACACGCUCAAGUCCAGUGGGCGGAUGGUCAGGAAGCUGAACUAUCGCGAGGUGGUGAACCGGGGCCUCCUGCACUCGGAAGCGGCUGCGGCAAAGCGGAAUGCCAAGCCGAGGGGUAGGGAUCCAGCGGCGGAAGGCGGUGGCGGUGAAGGGCAGCUGGAGGCCCGUGUCCAGCACAAGGAGCACCCGAGUGUCCUGCAGGCCCAGGAAGUUGGAUUGGUGCAGAGGAGGAGAGCAGGGGCUGUAGGAAAGAUCCAGCCUGUAGCUCGCCGGAGUAAGGCCCGCUCCGUUCUGAAGCCAGACUGUGACCAGGCCAGCAGUGAAGCAGAUCCUGGGACCUGGAUUUCACCUGCUACUGACAUCAAGCUGAAGGUCGAGUUGCCUGAAGUCCAUAUCCCUUCUGGUGAAGAGUUGGAUGCUUUAGCAGUCAGUACAUACGGUGGAGAUGACUUGAGCUGUGGGGCUGCCCCGUCUGUAGUCGGGAAUGAGAGAGCAGGGCGUCGGGCUCUAAUGGACCGGUGUGAGGGGCGGAUCACUGCUGCUGAUGUAGCCCCGCGUGUAACCAAGUGGCAUUAUCUCCAGUGUCAAACUGCAGACCAGCCACCCAGCUGUGACGGCCUGGGGCAGACUCCAACCAAUCAAAUGUGCACAGAAAACACAGUGAGCAGCGCAGUGCCCCCUGAAAACACGCGUGCCGAGGGCCCAAACCAUCCUGCCAGGCCAGUGAAGCACACUAAAGUCGAGAAGCUGGACCGGGGGGAAGUUACCGGUGAGGUGUUUAGAGAAAAUGCAGGACCUAUCCACACAGUGAGCUGCCGGACAUUUUCAGAGACUGUGUUGGUUCAGGGAGUGCCUGUGGGAGGUGUCCUGAGCAGUGAUGGGCCCGAUCAGAUUCCUGCCUCUGUCUCUGUCGAAGGCCUCGUGACUAUUGGGAUGAUUGCUGAGAGCAGGCUGGGUGAGGCACCUUCAGAUAAUGCCACUGUUCUACUGCCCAUGGGAGGUGAAGUGGCCACCAAUGUAUUAGUCUUUCAGGCCUUGGAAGGUGGAAUAACCAGUGAACAGGUGACCUGCCUGAAUCUCGGAGCAGAUCACCACCCUGGUGUACCGACAGCACCCAGUGAGUUGACCACAGCGAAGGUAAUGGCAACAAAUGGACCCUUCCAGGGCUUGUUGCCUGGGACACCAUCGGGAAAUACAGAAAUGGUAGAGACGGAAGCAGAAAGGGAGAUGACCGUAGCCGUGCCUGUCGAAGAGGACCUGACCAGUGGCCAACUCGCUGGGAUUCAGCGAGCCGCACAGGGCCUUGCACAGGAAGAGACAGCUAUGGGAUUUGUGACUUUUGAGAUUCCAACUGAGCGCAAGGCGACUGACGCUUCUGCAGUCACGACACCAAAUCCACUGACUACUGCAGACCCUGCCAACACAGCACAUCCACGAAUUACAGCUACCAACAGCUCUCUCCCCGAGAGUGAAGUCCCUCCAGAAACAGCAGCGGAGGCGCCCGCAGAACGUGGGCUCCCCGACGGGUUUUCCGUAGAAAGGGCGAUGGCCAGUAUCAUGCUCAGAAUGAAUGAAUUGGUCGAUGUGCCAACAGAUGUCACUGCUGUCGAUUCGGGAGAGGACGAGCUGACCACAGACGACGAGCUGACCUCCGGCGACGAACUGACCACGGAGGACGAGCUGACCUCCGAUGAUGAGCUACCCAUGGACGGCCGGGUGGUUGAUGAAACACUAAUGGAGACCGAGUUGGCAGACAUUCCUGCAGACACCACUGCUGCUGCCAUGGAAGUCUGUACCGCAGUUGAACUGGCUCGGGAAAUGGGUGUUGCACCUAGCAGCCUACUUACAGAGGAACAGUUAGCGAAUGAGCCACUGGAAGAAGUUGAAACAACUGGAAGUGUGACUUAUGAGGUUCUAGUCGAUGGGGAGCUUGUUGACAUCCCCACUGAUAUAGUAAUCAUUGAAUUAACCGGAGAGAAUCAGGAUGAAGGGAUAUCUUUUGAUUUUGGAUUAACCAAGGAAACCAUUGCAGAGAAUGGAUUAGUUGUGAUAUCAUCAGAUACCAUUGGGCCAGCGAGAGUGGUGCUUUCCCAAGAUAGGCUUUUGCAGAAUGAAUUGGUUACGUUUUCCCAAGAAUCUUUAGCCUCCCUAAAGGAUGAGGAGGUCAGAGAUCCUUCCACCAAGGGAGGGCUUGCAGAGAGCGGUUUGAUGAAGCCACCUCCAGAUACAGCAGACAUGGAAGUAGCUGCAGGAGAUGAAGUAGCAACAGUGUUGAUCAAUGCUGGGGCAGGAGAUACACUCGGUGGAGAUAUGAAGGGAAGCCAGACGUCAGAUGAAAGUUCCGUCCUCAACUCCUUGCAAAACAAGCGUUGUGAGCCACUGACACCAAAAGGAGUUGAUGUUUGGGCCACUGUUGACAACAAUACAAUAAAUAGCGAGGUUAAUGAGUGCCAAAAUACUGAACUCGGUAACAGUGAGUCAGGCUGUAUUCCGCUGCCUCUUGGACAUGAUCCGUGCCCAGAGCAGGAGGUCAGCUGCAUAGAAAAGGACAGCAAUCAAUUAAUUAUGGACGGUACAACCACAUUUGGGAAAUUUGGAACAGCACCAGUGUGUAAGGAAGCAGCCCUUUGCUCUGUAAAGUGGAAAGCACUGAGAAACACGAAUAGGACACCAGAGUUUGUAAGGUUAAAGACGAAGGAGUCAAACCGUGCUGUCCUCUUGUCGAAUUGUGCUCAGUAUUUCUCCCCUCUGGAAACGUUCCGGGAGGACAGGCUGUCAAAAUGUGUGGAUUGUGGCAGCAGCAAGUGUGACAGUGUCAGCAUGGGGCACAAUAUCCAACACAUGGAAGGAGUAAAACCAAAGAACCUGCCUCUUCUGCUGAUGGGUGAUUUGGGGCAUGGUAAACGGUGUGGAAAGCUCGCGGUCCUGGAACACUUGUCAGCCAUUGCCAAUGGUCUGAGUUUAUUUUCCGAGUGUGCGGAAAUGCAGCAGGAGUUCUCUCGAGUGUCUGACGUUAUUGUAGCUCUGGGAAUGUGCAGUAGAUUUCAAUUCCAAAAAGGCAUCGACCUACAGUUCCACUUCAAUUCUGAGCAAGCGUCCCCUUUGGACCCUUUCUGCUACCAACCAUCCCCAAAUUCAGAGCAGUCUGCCAGUGGGAAGCCUCUUGCUCAGUCCCACCAAAAGGAUCCGUAUUGGCCUUUCCCACUGUCAAUGCACUUCCAUACUCCUGACUUCCCGAUUUCGCCUCCUGCCAACCUGGCUCCCUUACUGUCGUGGUUUGCUCACGGUGCUGAGUCAGGUGAUCAUGGUCGCGAAAGGACAGCUUUACCGAUCACUCCACAACACUCCCAGACGCCUUCCCAAUGCCGCCCCGGCUCUGGCAAUACCUUUUGGACACCAGCUGUGCCGUUCGUGGCUGGCAGGUGCCCUUGCUCCCAUUCCAGGUUUGGGUUGCACACUGUUCUAGCACUUUCAUCGCCGGCCUGCUACAGACUCUGGACGAGGCAGCGCCACUUCGGUAGAGCCUCUAACGCCCACCGGCCGUUCUUGACUCCGUUUGGAGGGAGUUUGGAAAAGCUUAUUGUCCCAGUUCAUUCCGACAAAUCCUUUUGGUCACUGAGCUACACCCUGGGCCGAGUGGUGUCAUGGUGGAGUCAGCACAGUCCAACACCCUGUGCAUCAAGAUUUAGUACCAGCCCCUCCAGUAACUGCGGGAGGAGCAUUCCCAGUUUCCAUCCGUCCAAUCUCGUCGCUGGAAACGGAACCAAUUUGAGUGAAGCAAAGUCCUUGCUAAUUCUGCAGACCAAUAACCAAAUUGACCUGCAGUCCUUGAACAUUGACUGCAUUAACGAGCCGUAUCUCGCUUUACCAGACCCGCCUACCUCAACCCCAGGAUGCACUGUUACUGACAGCACCUUCACUUCCUCUGCACCCCUCGUCCCAAGCAUUACUUACGUCGAAACCCAACUUCACUCUGAACAAAAAGAGGAACGUGUACCUUACGACAAAUCUGUUAGCAAAUCGAAGGGAUCUCUAAGGAAGGUCUCCCAGAUCCGAAUCCGGAAAAGUGUUCCCAAACAAGACACUAAUCUCACACCCAUGGGGCUGCCCAAACCCAAGAGAUUGAAAAAGAAAGAAUUCAGUUUGGAGGAGAUCUACACGAACCAGAAUUAUAAGUCGCCAUCUGCACACAGCAAGUAUCUGGAGACUAUUUUUGAAGAGCCUGUUUUGAAGAAGGGCUCCUUCGUCUGCACGAGUCUCCAGAAACGCAAGCGCCUCUUAGAAUUCCAGGACUACACUCUCCCGCGCAAGAGACGGGCGCACGCCAGAGUGAAGUUUCUGAGCCGAACGCGGGGCAGGAAGGCUACCACGCGUGACGGGGAAAUUGACUCACUGCUUGUUCAAAAACUGACGGAACUGGAGGCCUUCCUGGCCGAAGAGGACUAAAGUCUCGGCAGAAGUGAACAACCUGUUCUAGACUUGCAUUUGCUCCCACGGGUGUCCAGGUCUGUUUACACUACAUGCCGGAGGUCAGCACGUUGCACUGUGUGUUCUGCCUUGUUUUCUGGUCCCUGGGGAAGAGAACGGUGCCAAGCUUGAAAGCCACUGCAUGCGAAAAUAAAACGGGAGGGUGUGUGGGUCUUUUAAACAGCACCUCUGCUGCACGUGAGCGGCGCUGCAAAACAAAAAGGUUCAUUUAUUUGCAAGGUUACCUGUGGAGAGAGCAACGCAAAGCUGAGCCAAGGAAGGCAAUUCCACCUCGCUUGCUCGCUCACUGCCACCCUCACAAGUGAAUGAAGCUACUGCUGCUCCCACUUUGCACAGAAUUUGAAUGUGCUGCAAAACAGAUUGUGCUGUCACACGGGGGAAAAGAGUGGCUUGAACGUAGUGCAGAGAGUGUCUCUUAAAGUGUUUACAAAGAUUGCAGAUCCUGCAGUAAAUCUUCAGAGGGCUGGGCUGGAUUCACUGCUCAGCAGAGGGCUCAGUUCUGAGUGUCUUCUGGUUGGGAUCAGUUAGCCUGGUUGCUGUUUUUGCUUCUAUAUAAUAUAGUGUACGUAUAUUAUAUAUGGAUAUCUUGAAAUAACUUGAGCCUAAAGUGCUGAAAGUAAAUAUUCCAAAGUAAAUAUUGAAACACAAAUGAUUUUUCUGUCUGUCUGUCUGUGUUGCCUAGUAAAUGCGUGGGUACAGGUUCCACUGACUCAUUGGGAAUGGGGGCUAAGCAGUUUGUAUCAAACAUCCUGCUUCCUCUCCCAGUGAAUAAGGUGUAAGCCUCAGCUUGGUUUUGUUUUUGCCAGAGGAGGUACCUGUACGCACCUUUUGGUCCAAAUUGAUUGUGUCUUCUUUUUUUUUGAAAAAAAAAGUUUUUACACUGGGUGAGAAUUUAAUUUCUUGCGGUCAUGGAUUUAUGAUUACUGCGGAUUUCACAAGUUGAUGCUGGGUUUUAGCAGUGAUUUUGAUAUUCGGAUGCUGGAUCAUAUUGGCAGUAACUGGACAUUUCUUGCUCCAUUAUAGUAACCAGGUUAGGAAAAAGACCUUCUUGAAAUUAGUUGAUUGGUGUGUCUCCUAUGUAGUUAUGUUGGAACAGUGCAAGUUACAGUGCAGGGUGGACCAGGAGCAGGACUGUAUGAUACCGCACCAUUUCUCAUGCAGGACUCAAGCUUAGACACUUACUGAAGGACUUAAGAUUUGUCUUCAAUCUCUGUUACAGCUCACACAGUAGCUUCCUCAUCUCUGAGCUGCAGGGUUGUCAGCUCAAGGUGCACCCAUCAGCCUUAAGCGCCUAAUCCAGUCAGACACUUCAGGGUGCUUCUGAUUAGAAUUGUUCACUGCUGACAGUGCUGCAUUACCGAUGAGAUGUUAAACCGAGGAGUCCUUUUUCCUCAAGGGUGGAUAUAGAAGACUCCACUGAUGUGAAGAAUAGCUAGGCAGCUCUUGCAGUGCACUGGCAAAUAUUGAUAUAUCAAUCAACAGUUUACCUGGCUGCUGUGUCUGUAUUCGGUAACGUUAAUAUUGUAUAACUAUAACAGUGAUAAUGCUUAAAAAAACUUCACUUGCUGGCAAGCACUUUGGGACAUUCUGAAGACAUGAAGAGUACUAAAAUAAAAUGCAGCCUCUUUCUUUCUACAGCUCCCCUGCAUCAGCACAUCUUAAUAUAAGGGAACUCCAGCAAAGUGAGACUGUAAGCUCUGUUCUGCACAAGUGGGUUCAGUUGAUUUGAAAGUUAGUGAGAUCAGCCUGAUGUCAGGGAAUUUGUGCAGAAAGUACAUGGAAACAUAAGAAUGAGGAGCUGGAGUAGGCCAUUUAGCCCUUUGAGCCUGCUCCACCGUUCAAUAAGAUGCUGGCUGACCUGAUUGUAACUUUAAAUUCACACUCCCACCUCCCUAUGAUAACCCGUCACCCACAUUGUUUAACAUGAAUCUAUCGACUUCUGCCUUGGAAACAUUCAACACCUUUUCAGGGAGAAUGAUUUAAACACUCACAGCAUCCAGGGAAUAAGUUCUUUAUCUCAGUUCUGAAUGAUCAACCCCUGACUUUUAACCAGUGACCCCGCUUCCUGGAUUCUUCCAUAGAGGAAAUAUCCUCUUAAUUCCAAUCUGCCGAGACCUUUUAUGCUCUUGUAUGUUUCAUUUAAGUCACCUCUCAGAAUUCUGCAGUACGGAAAGAGGCCAUUCUGUCUAUUGUGUCUAUACUGGAUCCUGAAAGACCUCGACUAGUCCCAUUCUGCAGCUAUAUCUCUGUAGCCCAUUGCUGUUCUAAACUCAAAUGAGUACAAGCCCAGUCAGUCCAAGGUUUUGUCCUAUAAACCCCCCCAACUCCAUUCCACAUAUUACCCUGAUAAACAUUCUCUGAACUGCCUCCAAAUGUUUACACUUUUCCUUAAAUAAGGGUACCAAUUCUGCGUACAGUACUCUAGAUCCAGUUUCCUCAGUGCCCUGUAUAACUGAAACAAAAUAUCACUUUUUUAUUCACUUCUCCUAACAAUAAAUAAUAAUGUUCUAUUAGUCAGAGACACAGUGUUCAUUAAUUACUUGCUGCACCUGCAUACUAACCUUUUGCAAUUCAUGCUCUUGGACACCUACAUCCCUCUGCUUCUCAGAGCUCUGCAAUCUCUCAUCAUUUAGUUAAGAUACUUUUUUUUAUUCUUCCUGGCAAAAUGUACAAUUUCACAUUUUCCCACAUUAUACUCCCAUUUACCACAUCUUUACCCAUUCACUUAUCACAUCUAUAAUUCUUUGUAGCUUCCUUACAUUCUCUUCUCAACUCCUUUUGCUAUUUUUAUGUAGUCAGCAAAUUGGGUAACCAUACCUUCUGUCCCUUUCUCCAAACCAUUUAUAUAAACUGUAGACAGUUGAGGUGCCAGCAAACCACACGCCAACCUGAACAAGACCCAUUUGUGCCUACUCUGUGCUCCCGGCCAGCUAGCCAGUCUUCUAUCAUGCUACUAUCAUACCCCACUCCACCACAAGCUUUUAUUGUCAGCAGUAACCUCUGAUUUGAUAUCUUUUCAAGUGGUUCACGUGUUGAAUAGACUUCCAGAUAGGAGCAGCCAAAAGAUCCCUACCUAGGAAGGUUUUAAUAGCUGACUCUUAAUAACUGGGUCUUUGAGGUUCAUUUUGAAUGGGCUGGAAUCGGCCAAUCUUUCUUUCCUCAGCUUUGCCUCUUCCAGCAGGAGCUCAAGGACACAAGGCGAUGGUUUAUUUUUAAAGGCUAUUUUGUGAAGUUCUAUUUAGGGCGGCAUGGUGAGUCAGUGGUGAGCACUGCUGCCUCACAGCACAAGGAACUCAGGUUCGAUUCCACCCUCAGGCGACUGUAUGUGUGGAGUUUACACGUUCUCCCCAUGUCUGCCUGGGUUUCCUCCGGAUGCUCCGGUUUCCUCCCACAGUCCAAAGGUGUGCAGGGUAGGUGGAUUGCCCCUAGUGUGCAGGGAUGUGAGGGUAAGUGGGUUAGGCAAAGGGAAAUGUAGGGUUGCAGGGAUAGCGUAGGGGGUUGGGUCUGGGUGGAAUGCUCUUUGGAGGGUCAGUGUGGACUCGAUGGGCCAAAUGAGCUUUUUCCACACUGUAGGGAUUCUAUAAUUCUAUUCUAUUCCCAUAGCCAUCCGCAUUUUCAGGGACUGUAAACUGCAUAAAAAAACUUGCAUUUAUGCAGUACUAUUCAGAAUUCAAUGUCCUGUAUGUUAUGUUUGAGUUGCAGCCACUGUGGUAGGAAACAACGCAGCCAAUUUGUGCUGAGCAAGCUCCCACAACCUGCGAGUGAGAGAAAUGGCGACUGUUGUCAGCUUCAGUGAUACUGGUUGGGUGAGUAUUGCCAGGACGUCAUGAGAGCUGUCCUGUUUUGCUGUCCUUAAAAUGGAAUACUUUACAUCCACCGGACAGAGCAGGCAAGGUGCUGUUUAAUGUCGCUGCCAAAAGAUAGUCUUUUUGUCUCUCUCAGUCACUGAUCAGUGUCCUAAGAUGUGGGAUCAUGCAGCAAUCUUAAAGAGACUGCAGUGCAACAAAUCAGUUCCACACAGCAUAGUAAUUAGUGAGAGUAUUGGUGGUAUUGACUGGGGAGCAGCCAACUGUGAUUAUGUGCUGAAGUCUUGCGAGUGAAUGCAAAGAUUCUGCUCCAGUUUGUGGUUGAUGCACGUGAAUUUUUAACCUUGAAUUACUUUUGCUUCUUUUUGUUCCCCUUCCCUGAUUUUUUUUUUUAGAAAGAGUCCAGUCCUGAAAUAGUUCUCAAAGCAAUAGUUGUUGAAAAGUGGCAGAGAUAACAUUGGAAAUCUUACCAGGACGUGUUGGUACCUCCUUGUCUAAUUUGUCACUAGAUUUCUCCUCCUUCAGCUUGAUGUUGUGUGGGCUGGUGCCUGGUCUAUUCAGCACAAAGAAAUGUGAGGCAUCAUCUAAACAAAACCUUUUCUCCAUCUCCCGCUCCUUCUUUUCACCCCUGUUCCAGCCUGAACUGGAUUGUGGGUAGAUGAGGACAGUAGGGGUACGUUUAUUUGAUGUAUUCUCUAUAUUAUUUGAUGUUUCUGCUUGCACAUUUGAUCCAAGCAAUCUCUGUCUCAUAGCCCACAGAAUUGAGGCCUGGUUGUAUUUUAUCAAAUGGACUGAUAACAGUAGUUUUACCAUGUGACAACACUUCUUUUAUUUUAAAACUCAACAGCUUCUGCAAACAGAAAUGAGCCGCAGACAAAACCUCAAACUUUUAUUAAAUCUGUAGUUACUUGAAUGUCUUUGUUCUGAUGAGAUAGCACCAACAUUUGGUGAUCUGUGUGUGCGUGUGUGUGUGUAUUGUAUGCACUCUUUUUUUAAAAAAAUGUUCCUGAGUUUUUUUUGGAAAAGUACAAUGUGAAUCUGAUCUUCAUUUCAAAUAAGUUUAAAUUAGCAAGCCUUCUUUAUUUAAUGUAGAGGGAAUAUGGGUGCAAGCUACUAUUUCGUUUUGCCUGCAUUCCUGAAAGAUUAUUCCUGUCUUUUCAGUGUCUCUCGUAUCUCGGAAGGAAUUGUGGUAUAAUCAGUACAGUAGCCAAAAGUACCAGGUUUUGAAAUAACUCUUCUGCCUAAUCACCAGAUAAUUUUGUUUUUUUGAAAGAAAUUAAAAGCUGAAAUCUCUGUGGAAUCAUACUGUGUAUUGUUCAUGCCUUGCUAUGUAGUUUAUUGAGAACAGCUCUGCACUCGCACCUUUUUGUAGCCAGGAGCCUGACGUGCAGUCCUGUGGGUGUUGAAUAAUUGCCAGGAGUGUUCCUCAGAGAUGGUUUCUGCACUACCUCAUCCAGGCAAUUGGUUAUUGCCGGUUACUCAACUGGAGCAGGGAGCUGAUUCAGGCCAAUCCUGCCAGACGCCAGCUCUCUUUCUUUUCUCAUACUUAUGAAUCCCAGUCCAGGGGAACAUUGGGAGAAUGUAAAAUCUCCAAUGCAGCCUGGAAUGAAAAUCAGCUAAUUUGGCAUAGGCCGGGGCCAAGUCUGUGAUAUUGGAGGUGACACAGUUACACGGUGAAGUUGUUGGGAAACCUUUGCCCACGCCUGCUCCAGAGAGCGAGAGACUUGGAAUCAUCUUCCAUCUCUUUUGGUUGCCUUUGUAAUGCUAUUAACUGAGGUUCCAACCUUCGGUUUGACACUAGGAAGGUCAUAUCUCGAGGAUAGUGCUAGUUACUGGGUUGGAUUGGUCUUGUCGAUCGAAAUGUUGUCUUGCACUUGACCAGCUUCUAAUCCGUUACACUGCUUUAUUGUAAAUGUAAUUAACCGGUACCUUUUGAGUACCCUGUGAUUCAUGUGCCCUUUAUGUAGACCUUAUAAUAAUCGUGUUCUGUUUGAGAGUUGUCUCUGUAUAUUUUCAAUGAUACUAAUAAAAUCUUUUUUUUAAAA